UCCGAGAGAGAAAGAGAGAGAGAGAGAGAGAGAGCCAAAAAACCUGCCUAAAUCACUGGAAGCCUUUAUUUUUUCUCCUUCCUGGAAGCCGAAUCCGUCUUUAUUAACAACAACAUGGAGGAUAUAAGUAUCGACCAGAAAAAGCUCCCAGGCGUCAAAGAGGUGUGUCGUGAUUUCGCUGUGCUGGAGGAUCACUGUCUGGCCCACAACCUUCAAGAACAAGAGAUUGAGAGCCAUCUGGCCUCCAACAUCCACAAGAGUCGUCUGGUCCAGCAGGAUCUCCGUGUGGCCAAGCGUCUCCAAGAAGAAGAGGACCAGCGCGCCAAAGCCAAAAGCCAAAAAAAGCAUCAAGAUCUGGAACGCAUUGACAGCGAAAUAGCUCAAGAAAUUCAGGAGCAGCUGGCCUGGCAGGCCGAGAAGCAGAAGCAGCAGGAGGCGAAGGAUGAGGCCAUUGCUCGUAAGCUGCAGGAGCGAGAGAUGAAAGAGGAACGGAGGCGGCAAAAGCAGCUGGAGGCCAAACUGGAAGAGCAGUACUAUGAAGACAAAGGAGCCUGCCGACUCCCCUCAGACCCCCGUGUGGAAUCCACAGUCUCUGAUUUGCCAGUGCCUGGCAGAGAAAGGUACCGCGAAUUAAGUCGAGGUCGACUCCCCUCAGACCCCCGUGUGGAAUCCACAGUCUCUGAUUUGCCAGUACCUGGCAGAGAAAGGUACCGCGAGUUAAGUCAAGGUCGAUCUCCAGAUCACCGACGACUGGACACUCAAAACAGACCUGCUGAACAUUUCCCCUUCCAAGGCGAUCCCUCGAGAGUCUCUGAGCUUCAUAAAUCUGAACAGAGCCGAGGGAGAAACGAAGGCAAGGCCAGAAGGCAAGCACCCGAGCACCACCAUGCAGAGGUAAGGACUAAAUACCCAGAGGAAUACAUGACUGGAAGAAACCGAUAUGCGGAAGCAGAACCACGUCACAACCAGCACGCGGCCACGACUGCAAAGGAACGAGCGCAUAGGGACGACCCCCCUGACAGGGACAGGACAAGGAGGAAGGAACAAGAUAAUGAGCGAGAACGAAGGGGAAAAGGAGAUAAGGCACAAUACAGAGAGAAAAAUAGAGACCAAAGUAGAGACAGACUCCGGCACAAAGAUGUGGACAUGGGAGAACAUGGUUAUAUACACAAAAGCUUGGAUUUAGAUUUGGACAUAGACCAACGUGGACGCAAGGAGAGAGUAAGGGAAGAGGAAAGACUCUGGAAUAGGGACAGAGACAGCAGAGGACGAGAGGUGGAUAGUCCGUCUUCUGGUAAACGCUGUUCAGAGGAAAGCGAGGAGAACGCAGAGUACACCAGCAGGCAGAGGCACCACAGCAACGAUGAGGUGUUUGAGGAGCCCAACUCUAGAAGUAACUCUAAAGGGCAAACCCCCAGGUGUAGAGGACGUGGCGUGCAAGAGGAGUACGGGUUGAAGGACGCAAUGCACGGUUUGUCACAGAUAGACCUGCGAGCCCAGGAACUCCGAGACAUGGAGGUGGCACGAAAAAUACAGGAAGAGGAAAUCAUGGCAAGUAAACUUGACAAACGAGCUGCUCAAGUUGCAAAAGAUGAGGAAAUAGCUCGGCGAUUCAUGGAGGAAGAAGAAAGGGAGUACAAGAAGUCCAGAGAGAAAGAAAGACAGCAGAGACGAGCCGAGGGAGAUUUCAGGCCCACAGAGGAGGAAAUGGCCCGGCCUCGAACGCGAGAAGAGCACGACUACCAAAAGGCUCGGAAUCCCAAACCAUCCAGACCUCCUCCUCCACCACAUAUCCCUAACUAUGUGAAUGUUGACCCCAGCUAUGAAUAUACAGAUAACUACUCCCCUCGCCCGCCUUCCAGACCCGAGGCUGCUUACAAAGGUGCCUACUACAGACAGUGACUCGAGGCCCUUGCUGUCAUUUCAUGACUUUGUGCUGUACUGCUGUAUUUUUUUUUUUUCUUUCUUUCUUUUUUUUUUUUCCCUCUUCACUUUUUUGAAGAUCGCUGCAUACCGCUCGCAGGAGGGUGCCGGGUGUGAUUUCUUUGCUGAACUCGUACAAAACACCAAUUCCAGACUUUUGAACACACAUCAUAUUGUCGUAGUGUGCACGAUGAUUACGCACUCAUUUUCUUGUGCAUGUUUGAAGGAAAAAAAAAAAUUCUGAACAAUGACAAGAGUAUUUUUUUUAUUUAUUUUUAAUUUAUGUUUUGUAAACAUGAAGAAUCAUAUCAUUGAUUUUUUGCAGAUAUUGUAUCGGAUCGUAUGGUGAGUAAAUGUAUUGACUGCCACCUACAGCCAUGCCAGUACACCGACAACUGAUGUACACUUACUUUUCACGCCAGCAGGUGUCUCUCUUACGUGUUUGGGGGGGGGUUGGGGGUGGGGUUUUGCAUUCAUCCGGGGUGAAGACAAAUGCAACAAUAAACACAGAGCAGGAGUAUUUAUAGUUCAUCAUUCCAUUUGUCAAGUUGUUCUCAUUCCAAAAUGAUCUCGGUUUUUAUAUUUUGUCUGCGUUUGUUCAGGGAAAUGUACUAAACAAUGAUUUGUACUACAUGUUUCCUUGUGUAGAACUGAAAAGCUCAAUUCCUCUGGUACAGUAUUUGUGCCUCUACUAUACUAGUGUUCUUUUGCCAGUACUAUAUCCCUUUUACGCUCACGAACAUGAAAACGUCGCAUAUCUGUCAUUGAAGGAUUGCGCGAGCUACUGCGCCGAAGUCAGGUUACAGAGUGUUAUACUUUUUCUUUUUUGUUGAACUGAAUUUAUUUACCAGCAUGACUCGAAAUAUUAAGAUAGAAGGUUCCGGAGAUGUUUACUGUAUGCGCCAGAAAUGAAAAAAUAAAAGGGUAUUGCAUUCGUGUUUUGCACUGAAUGGAGAAAAAUCUCUGCUGUUUGUUUGUUGGCUCAUUUCUGGAAUAUGAUAAAGUGCUUGCUGUAAAGUGACUUUUGCUUGAACUACUGUCAUUAGCUCUCAUAUUUCGAGGAGCAAUGAAUCUAAAUCAAACACUAUAUAGACACAUGAGCGAUUUAGUUGGCCAUAAGGGUAAUGAUGUUGAGUGGGCGUUUCAGUUCAUCCCAAAAGUGUUCAAUAGGGUUGAGGUCAGAGCUCUGUAGCAGGCCACUGAAGAACUUCUACAUCUUCAAACCAAUGUACACCAUAUCUUCAUUGAUCUGGUUUUGUGCACAGUGCAAAUUUUUGAGUCUCCUAGUUCAAGUGAAGGUAAAAAUUUCAUGCCACAGUAUUAAGACAUCUUAUACAAAUGCGUGCCCCCAAUUUUGUGGUAAAAUUUGGGCCAAAUUUGAGGAAAAUCGGCUGGGAAAAUUCAAGUGUUCUUUGUCUAUAUAGUGUGUAUGUUUUUUUUGUUUGUUUGUUUGUUUUUUUUAUUUUUUUUUAUUAGAGGCAAUACAAGAAUCAGUUUGUAUUCAGUGGUAAAAAUUCAUGCUCAUACGACUAUAACUAUUUGUUCUACAAUCAAAUGCUGUAUGUCUUGUGAUCAACCAUGUAUGUUUGUAUCUUGCACAUUAUUUCAUAAGUAACACUGGCCAAGUAUGAUUGAAAUAAAAAAAAUAUGUAAAAUAA